CUCUCUCAAAUGCGUGGGUGAAAGUGAAGAUGUGGACGAUUGAGAAGCAGUGGGUUCAGAUCUUCGAGAGGCAGCAAUGGGUCAUCAACCAGGCCAAGCAGCAGGCCUUCCUCUUCGACCAAGACCUCUCCUCCCAACUCCUCCUUGCCGGAAUCCCCCCCAAUCCCUCUCUCGCGUUGAACCAUCAGGAGCUGAUUUCAGAAGUUCCAUUCCCUCGCACGCGGCGUGUGAUCCCUUUCACUGGCACUGAUUGCUGUGGGUUUGAUAACCCAGUUGCUACAGCUCACCACGGGCAGCUAGCAAAUGGUUUGUGCGUGGAACAUUGUGGGGUAAAUAAAGGUUUUGAUGUAGGAGAAAAUGUAUUGGAUUUGCCGCAGUGUCCAACCAGUAAUGGUGGAUGUGCCUCCAAUGGUGUUCCUCAAGAUCUUCAACAAGAGGAACCUAGUGUUACGUCUCCUGAAGAUGAGGGGAAUGCAAGAGUCUCAGCCGCUUACCAUGAUUCAGCUAUACAACUGGCUAGAGUCGCAGGAGAGGAGGUAUCGGCUUUGCCACAGGGCCACAAUGGGGAUGCUGGGCGUGCCUCUAUUGCUGUUCUACAAGAUCAGAGAGAAGAGAAUUCUGGUGGUAUAUCUCCUCAAGGUCAGAGUGAUGCAAAAAUGGUAUGUCUCCCAAGGAUCAGUAAUGGUGGAUGUGCCUCCAAUGGUGUUACUCAAGAUCAUAGAGAAGAAGAUCCUAGUGUUGCGUCCCCUGAAGAUAUGAGGGGUGCAAGAGUCUCAGACGUUUACCAUGACUCAGCUUUAACACCAGUUAGAGGUACAGGAGAGGGGUUAUCAAAUUUGCCACUAUGUCACAUUAGUGAUGCUGGGUGUGCCUUUGAUGGUGUUAUACAAGAUCACAAAGAAGAAAAUCCUAGUGGUACGUCUCCUGAAGAUCAUAGGGAUGCAAGAAUGUUAGACAGUUGCCUCGACCCUGCUCUUUCACUGGCUAGAGUUCAGAGAUCUAAGUCAAGACAAAGGGCUCUAGCAAUUCGAAACAGUACACAAAAAAGCUGUUCACAGGGCAAUGGCAAUGAUGAUGGUUAUGCUGGUGGAACUGUGAAGUGUCUGAUAUCUACCCCACAAUCUGAAGAUGUCAAUGAAUUGAAUGACAAUCAUUCUGUAGUGGAAAAACCAAAGAUAGGAGAAUUUCAAACCAAGGAAAGAGGUUCUCACAUCUACUCUGGUAGAAUUACUAGAUCUAGAAGCUCUGGCUGUCAGGAGAACUCUUUAAAUGUCAGUAGCUCUCCGUGUAUUUGCAAGACAAGUGGUGGUAUAGCUGUUGAUUCUAUUGGAAAAUCAACGCAGCUGUCUAACCAUGUAAUUCAGUCACUGGAAAUGGUCAGUUACUCUCCUGUAACUAAUGACAGUUGUCAAGAGGGGGAAUUGAAAUCUCAAGACCACUUAAGCAAGGAGAAGCAAACUAUUGAGGAAGAUUCUACGUCUGCGGACUUGGAAAGAGAUGAACACACUCCAAAGGCUUUACAAGAAGUCAAAGGUCCUUCAAUUUCUAAGGAUGGUGCUGGGAACUCAAUUGUUUGUAGGAGUCCUGUUGAAGAAACACAUCUAAAUAAGGAUCAACACAUAGUAGAGACAUCUGGAUCUUCACCUGAGGCACAGAGGAAAGAGGGCGGAAUGGGUUUUGAAGGGGUGGAUAGUAGUCCAAAUGGUCUGCUCACUUCUUUGCAUGAAGAAAAAGAAGCAUCAUAUUCAAGUUUGAUCAAGCAGGCUGCUGGACGUCCUCAUGAUUAUUUGCUGGAGGAAAUAGGAGUAGCACUUCCAACUAGCAUUGACAUUGAGGCAGUAAGCCACUGCUUAAAGGAGAACCCAGUCUCUCUUCUUCAGGAUAAUUUAAUAAUAGAAAAUACUGAAGAAUUGUCUUGUGCUGGAAAAACCAUGCAGGGAAAUACAUUUGAUUUUGGAGGGCCCAGCAAAUUUUUAGAAUUGUCAGGCAGUGCUCCACAUGUUAAAUCCUCACAGCCUAAAAAUGUUGCUGAAUUGAACGAUAAUCAUUCUAAUGUGGUGAAACAAAAGACAGGAGAACUUCAAAUCAAGGGAGAAGGAAAUAACAUGUUCUCUGGUAGAAUUACAAGAUCUCGAAGCUCUGGCCAUCAGGAUAACUCUCUAAUUGCCAGUGCCUCGCCCUGCAUUGGCAGGACAAGUAGUGGUAUAGCUUUUAAUAUUGAUACUAUGGAACAGUCGUGUUUGAAAGGACUUUCUACUCCUGCUAGUAAGAAGGGGAUACAUGGGAGUUCAUCAGUAAAAAUGCCUCCUUCCUUCAUGCAUGCUGAAAAGAAACUAGAAGAAGGAAUGACCAUCACUGCCAAUGGAAACUGUAACUCACCCCUGGAAAUGAAUUGUCUGGGCAAUUGUGAAGUUUCAGCCAAAGAAAUGGAGGUCCAGAGCAGUUUAGUUGAAGCCGUCGAGGAGGAGUUCAUUGAAUCUAGAAGAUUGUCAAACGGCAAUGUGAUCUCAUCAGUAAAAGAACCAGAUGAUGCUUAUACCGAUGCAGAUGCUAAUACUUUGUUAGAAUGCGGGAAAACUCCGAAUCAGAAAUGUUCCCUGAGAGAUGAUCAAACUCCCUUGCGAGUAGGCAGUGAUUGUUUGGUUCAUAGCCCGGUAAAAGAAGUAAGUGGAUCUAAUGUUGCAAAAUCAACUGAGUUGGUGUCAGAAGAGUGUGCAGUGGAUUCUAAUGCCCUCUGUAAUCCUCACAAAUCAACAGACGGGGAUUAUGCUAUGGUGUCUGGGCCUGGUUCUCAUAGGAUCCUAGAUGCAGAGAAUCUUGAAGUUGACAACCCUUAUGCUGCUUCUAGGGAUGAGCUCAGAAGUAACAUGGUUCAGUCGACUGUAAAUGCAUACAUUUCUCCAGAAUAUUUACAGAGGAUUGUCGGUGAUGACAGAGAGGAAGGUGGUUCGGAACCAACUGGAUGCCAGACUGCAGAGAACUCCAAAGGAAGAAGUAUUUCCUAUUCUAUGGAUGGAACAUCACCUAAGCAUAAACGAAGAAAGAUGGAUGAUAAAACAGUUCAUGACUUGUCUACUUCAGUAGCCUUGAGAGAAGAGGUUUUUCAUGCUGUAAAAACAGUUUGUAUGUGUGUGAACUUGGAAAGAGAAGAACACAGUCCAACAGCUUUACAACAUGUCCCAGGGCUUUCAGUUUCUCAGGAGGAUGCUGGGAAAUUAACUGUCAGUAGGAGUCAUGCUGAAGAAAGACAUCUAAAUGAGGAUCAUAUGGUAGAGAGGUCUAAAUCUUUAUCUCAGGCACAGAAGAAAGAGGGUGGAACGGGUUUGGAAGGGGUGGAUAGUAGUCCAAAUGUUCCGUUCACUUUUUUGCAUGAAGAAAAAGAAGCAUCGGUUUUCUCAAGAUUGAUCAUGCAGGCUUCCGAACAUCCUCAAGAUUUUUUGCUGGAGGAAACAGGAGCAGCACUUCCAACUAACAUUAACAUUGAUGGAGGAAGCCAUUGCUUAAAAGAGGACCCACUUUGUCUUCAUCUUCAGGAUCAUACAAGGCUAGAAAAUGCUGAAGAUGUGUUGUUUGCAGGAAGAACCAUGCUUGCAAAGAGAUUUGAUUUUGGAGGGAUCAGCAACUUCACAGAAUUGUCAGGCGGUGCUCCACAUGUUAAAUCCUUGGAUUUGAAUAGUGCUGAUGACGCAAUGCCAGUACUUGAGAGUUUUGUUAUAAAAACAGAUGAUGAUCCACAUAGCAUUGCUGAAGAAGGAAUCAGCUUUGACUGGAACCUUCCAAACAAUGCAGUAGAACGUGCAAGUAUUCUGGAGCAGCUUUGCAAAUCUGCUUGCAUGGAAACUCCCGUAGCCUAUCCUUCAGCUUCUUAUAAGUUGCAAAGACUUGAAAAUCUACAGCAAUCUGUUCCAACUGGGGCUUUGGAGCAUGUAGAUCUGAGGACCCUUCCUAUUAAUGAUAAUGUUAAGCAAUCGAAGGACGGUAAUGGUUGUUGGACUGAUGAAGUUAGCCCAGCCUUUUAUGGAAGAUCCUAUUCUGAUUGCCUACCAAAUUUUAGUGGUCAAUCUGGUUGGGAUAUUAAGAAGCCUUAUUCCUCUCCUGUUGGGAAAGUUUGGGAUAGAAUUGCUUCAAGCUCUAGUAGUUCGGGGAAGCGAGUGAGCUCAAUCCCGGAGCUUGCCUGUAUUACUGAAGAAAUUGAGAAUACAGAUGAGGUAGCUGAUACUUUUCAAGAUGGCAUUGUUUCUGAAGUGUUAAAUUAUUCUCCAAAAAGGUCACCGCUUGCAGACAUUACAGAAAUCCCCAACCUUCCUGCUUCGGUUUCUAAAGCUCUGCCCUACACUGAUAGAUUUAGUCUAGAUUCAGUAACCACUGAAUUCAGUUUAACGGGGACUCAUAAGAGUGUCAAAAAGAAGCCUGGAAUACAAAACAGCACUAAGAGAAGAUAUAACAAUAAUGAGAACCAGAGCGUAUCUCGAGGAACAAAGGAUAUUAAAAGGGCCACUGGAUCACUUCAGAAUAGGUACAGCAAGCCAAAGUUAUCUGGAAAAACCAUUUUGCGAAAAGGAGGCCCUAGUUUGUCAGAGCUGGAGCCUAAACCUAACAAUAUUGUCACCAAUAUUACUUCCUUUAUUCCACUUGUGCAACAGAAACAAGCAGCUGCAGCCUUACCAGCGAAGAGAGACAUCAAAGUGAAGGCCCUGGAGGCUGCUGAAGCUGCAAAGCGUCUUGCAGAAAGGAAAGAUUAUGAACGUAAGAUGAAGAAAGAAGCUAUGAAGGUUGAGCGAGCAAGAGUGGAGCAAGAGAAUAUGAAGAAGUUGGAGCUGCAGAGGAAAAGAAAAGAAGAGGAGAGGAAGAAAAAUGAGGCUGAUAUGGCAGCAAAGAAGAGACAAAGGGAAGAGGAAGAUAAAAAGGAGAAGCAAAGAAAAAAGAUGCGUGUUGAAGAAGGGCGCAGGGAGAAGAGAGAACUUGAAGAGAAGUCACGGGUGGAAAAAGUAAAGAAAGAACUAAAAUGCCAUGCCAGUGAUGGAAGAGGACGCAAGAAUAAGGAAUCAAAAUGCAAUACCUUGCAUAAGAAAGUGGACGAAGAAAUGGAACAUGACACUCUCAGGAGCAUUUCAGAGACAGAUCCUAGGAGUUCAUGUGUUUCAGAAAAUAAUGCCAGAACAGGGACUGCUGUCAAUGAAGAGUACUGUAAGGGCUUCAGUAAUUUUGAGCAUAAGGAAGAGAGUACUGUAGACCAAGCCACAGAAAAUGAGAAAUUGGUUGUGAAGACUAGUCGAGAACAGUCUUAUGAUAUCUCUCCAUACAAAGAAUCAGAUGAUGAAGACGAAGAAGAUGAUGACAGUAUACCAAAUAAUAAAUUUAUUCCUUCAUGGGCAAGCAAAAAUUGCCUGGCUCUUGUUGCUUCUCGCCAGAGUGUACCUGAGCCUGAGAUGAUCUUCCAUCCCAAAAGCUUUCCCUGUAUAUCUGAAGAUUUUCAAAGACUUGUUAUGCGAAGAGAUUUUGAGCAAGUUAUCCCUUUCAAGCCGCUCUUUAGGUUAAUAAUGUAG